AGUACUUCCGCUGACCUCGGUCACGUGACCUAUAUGUCCUUGGUUUGGAUAUCUUUGACAUGUGAGCAUCAGAAACAUGUCUUUCCCCAAAAAACCUGGUGGUAAAGCGUUAGAUGUUUUACAGAAUCUGCCGCGGAUAACUUUAGCAAACUUGAGGCCUGAACCAGGAGCUAGAAAGCCGGAUAAACGGCGGGGUAGAGGACAGCAUGGUGGCAACAGAAGCGGCCGAGGACAUAAAGGAGAGCGACAAAGAGGCACCCGGCCUCGGCUGGGAUUUGAGGGGGGUCAGACUCCCUUUUACCUGGCCAUUCCAAAAUAUGGCUACAAUGAAGGACACAGUCGCCGUCCUCAGUACCAGCCUCUGUCAUUGAAACGACUGCAGUACCUGAUUGACCUGGGACGAGUCGACCCAACCCAGCCCAUAGACCUGACCCAGCUAGUCAACGCCAGAGGAGUGACAAUCCAGCCUUUGAAGAGGGACUAUGGAGUCCAGCUUGUUGAUGAGGGUGCCAAUAUUUUUGCUGCAAAAAUCAACAUUGAGGUUCAGAGAGCUUCUGAAGGAGCUGUGGCUGCUAUUGAGAGGAACGGAGGGGUCAUCACUACAAGUUUCUAUGAUCCUAUAAGUCUUGGGAUUCUCAUCAAGCCCGUCCCGUUCUUCUUGCGAGGGCAGCCUAUUCCAAAGCGAAUGUUACCAGGGGAGGAUAUGGUCCCUUAUUACACAGAUGCUGAAAAUCGGGGUUACUUGGCAGACCCAGAGAAAAUCCAGCAGGCCCGGCUAGCCCUGGCACAGAAGUAUGGAUAUAUUUUGCCAGACAUUUCAAAGGAUGACCUGUAUCACAUGCUCUCCAUGAGGAAGGAUGUUCGACAGAUCUUCUUUGGCCUCGCUCCAGGCUGGGUCGUUAACAUGCCGGAGAAGAAGAUUCUUAAACCCACUGAUGAGAAACUUCUGAAAUAUUACAGUUCAUAGGACUAAGAAAAAAUAAAUGUUUAUGUACAGCAUCUCAUGGCAAAAAUCGGAAAAAUCCUGAGUUUUGGAUGUUGAAAAUGUGUAAAAAAAAAAAGUCUCUGACAUGUUUCCAUUUUAUAUUAAAACGUGGCAAAACAGCAUUCUGUGUUUAAGAACUAAAUAUUGUCAUUAAACUUUAUCUUGAAAACUA